GCUCUGUCAUCGUCAUAUAUAAAUACACUUCUGCCGGACUGUCAAAGAUUGGUGGACUGGACACAAAUUACGACGGGGUAACGUCAGCGACUCUUACUGAAGUUAACUUCACACUCAGCCUAUUCAGGAUGCCAGGAUCUGCCGCAAUCAGUUGCUUGGGACCAUGGCCCAAAGACGUGGGUAUCAUUGCAUUGGAACUGUACUUCCCGUCCCAGUAUGUGGACCAGGCCGAGCUGGAGCAGUUAGACGGUGUAACUGCUGGUAAAUACACUGUGGGCUUGGGCCAAGCUCGCAUGGGCUUCUGCUCCGAUCGUGAGGACAUCAACUCUUUGUGCCUGACGGUGGUGCAGAGGUUGAUGGAGAGGAACGGUCUUUCCUAUGACAGUGUGGGUCGACUGGAGGUCGGCACAGAGACCAUCAUUGACAAGUCCAAGUCUGUCAAGACCGUCAUCAUGCAGCUGUUUGAGGACUCCGGCAAUACAGAUGUGGAGGGCAUUGACACCACAAACGCCUGCUACGGGGGUACGGCUGCACUCUUCAAUGCUGUCAACUGGGUGGAGUCCAGCUCAUGGGAUGGGCGUUAUGCUUUGGUUGUGGCGGGGGACAUUGCUGUCUACGCAACAGGAAGUGCCCGGCCUACGGGAGGUGCUGGUGCAGUGGCCAUGUUGGUCGGCCCUAAUGCUCCUCUGGCCUUUGAACGAGGUCUGCGAGGAACCCACAUGCAGCACGCAUAUGACUUCUACAAGCCAGACCUGAUGUCUGAGUAUCCUGUGGUGGACGGAAAGCUGUCGAUAGAGUGUUACCUGAGUGCCUUGGACCGCUGCUACUCUGUGUAUCGCAACAAGAUCCACGCACAGUGGCAAAGAGAGGGUUCAGAGGAGCGCUUCAGCCUGGAGGACUUUGGCCAUCUAAUAUUCCAUUCUCCAUACUGUAAGCUGGUGCAAAAGUCUCUGGCCAGACUGAUGCUGAACGACUUUCUAAAUCACCCCAGCCCCAACACUGAGACGGGACCCUUCACAGGCCUCGAUGCCUUCAGAGAUGUACAACCAGAAGAGACCUACUUUGACCGGGAUGUGGAGAAGGCCUUUAUGAAGGCCAGUGCAGAUCUGUUUGAGAAGAAGACCAAGCCCUCCCUGCUGAUCUCCAACCAGAACGGGAACAUGUACACCCCCUCGGUCUACGGCUGCCUGGCAUCACUCUUUGCACAACACGCAUCUUCACAGUUGGCAGGACAGAGGAUUGGCGUUUUCUCUUACGGUUCAGGAUUUGCUGCUACUCUGUAUUCUCUCAGAGUCACACAGGACCACACACCCGGAUCUGGUCUGGAGAAACUUGUGUCCAGCCUGAGCGACCUGAAGGUCCGACUGGACUCGAGACAGAAGGUUUCGCCAGCUGUCUUCUCCGAGAACAUGAAGCUGAGAGAAGAGACGCACCACCUCGCCAGCUACGUCCCUCGAGGCCCAGUGGAGGAUCUGUUCCCGGGGACGUGGUACCUGACACGGAUAGAUGACAAGCACCGUAGGGAAUAUGCCCGACGACCUCUGGACCAUGACCUGGCAGCAGAGCCAGAACUUGUCCGCUCCAGCACGGGCACCGAGCACAUCCCCAGUCCAGCCAAGAAGAUGCCUCGCAUCCCCGCAGCCACCGCCGGCCCCGAGGCUGCCGUCAGCCACUGAGCACCCGGCUUACCUCUGAGAGGUAUCAAGGAAACUCUAGUCUAUUUUGAUCACAAUUAUCACUUGUUUUAGCAAUCUUUUAUUUCGAUGUUAACAUUUGUACAUAUUUUCCUUUUGCAUUUGUGCAAAAUGGACCGUUUACAUUUGGGAGACGCACAGGCGGAUGUUUGCAUAGAUUAUGCCGAUGUCGAGUUAAACGAGCAGGCAUCCCACUGGCAGCUGGCAGCCAGUGACAGGAAGAGGAAAUGGACAUAAUUAAUGUGGUUGCAGGCCUCCCGCUGAUUAGCAGAUCAAAGGGAAGUGUUCCUUAACUGUGUUACUGCAUUGAAAAAAUGCUGACGCCGCAGCAACCCGGCCUGAAACGGAGCUCGUACCCCACUUUACUCUUUGUGUUCAAUACCUCAGUUUUCUAUGAAAAGAUGCGGUCAGUUUUUAGCAGGUUCAUCAUGUCACCCUGUGACCACACAUCAGAAUAUUGGUACUCAAGACUCACCCAGAGACUUUCACAGGGUGGAGUCUCUUUUCCACCGUUUUUGAAGGUUGUAGCUAAGCUCAGGGGAAGGAAACAUUGAUCCAAACAGAAGAUGUUAACCGUCCCACACUUGGUGAGAAUCCUCAAAAAUGUUCCACUGCAGCUGUAUUGGAUGACACCAGUCAUUUAUUGCCAUAAAAAGCCUCAACUCACUGAAUGUGUAGCUGCUGCUGAUCUACGUCAGGUUCACUCAACCUUCCAAAGCCAUCUGCUGUGAUUCUUUUCAAAAUCUCUAAAGAGACAGCUUGAGGAGAUGCACGGCAACAUUUGUCAUGAUAAACUUUGUAACUAUUAAUAAUUCAAUCAAAUUAACAAAUGGUUGAUCAUCCAUGAAUGAGGGAUUAAUCAUUUGCAUCUUUUAUGAAGCAGAAAUGCCCAACAUUCUGUGAUUGCAGUGUCUCUUUUUUUUGGACAUCAAAACGUUGUCAUUCGGUGAUGGACUGCAUUAGUCACGCUGCAGCAUGUCGGUCAGAUCUUCUUGUUUAAGGGUAACGCACAAAAGAGUGAGUCCAACAUCAAUGGGUUUAGACUUUUCUAAAACAUUACACCUGUCAUCCUUAAAAAUGCAAUCUGCAAAAUGUGAUUUUAGUUGUGAUAGUACAAAAUGUUCUUAGAUUUAAAAAAAAAAAAAAAAAAAAGAUUUUAUGAAACUCCCCACCCUUUCCAAACUCUCCACCCUUUCCAGUCCUUCAAUGAGAAGAGAGCUACAUAUCAUAGCAAUGUUAAAACUUAACCCUUGUGCAUCACUAGGGAUGUUUUGUGCUUUUUAAUUUUUUGACAAUUCUGUUUUGUGUAGAUUAAAAAGGGGUUAGUUUUUAGUUUAGUUUUUUUUAUAGACACCUAAACCCUUAAUGACAAAAAAGUCCCCAUAGAAUCUCAAUUAAACCACAAUGUUUGAUCCCACGGCUAUCACAGCAUAAAAUCAUGGAUUGUAUCAUAUCAAGAUUAAAAUCUAGAGCCCUGGCUUCAGCAUUGUACUUUCUUCCCUUUUCCACCAGAUUGAACUAUUUGUCAUGUCUCUAUGGAGUAAAACAUGCUAUUCUGCUGGUGUCCACUAGGGUCAUCACAGCUCUAUAUUGGAGCACUGCAGUGAUUGAUGAAGUGCUUCAAAAUCUAUAUUGUUGCUAAUCUUUGACAUAUUCCAGACCGUGAAAAAAAAAAAUCACUUGGUAUCGAGGAAAAAUAAUUCGAUAUUUGUGUUACUUUUCUUAAAAAAUCACCAGUGUAAUUAUGUAAACAAGCUGGAAUUUAAAAUUCUGUAAAAGAGUACAUAUGUGGUAGUAAUGAGUUUGCAAUUGGUCUAAAGAUUGAAGUCGAAUGAACAACAAUAUUAAUAUAUCAUUUGAUGGCAGUUUUUUUUUUUUUUUUUUUUUUACAUGGACAUUCUGGUCCUCGUAAUGACUGGUGGUUGGGUUUACACUGCAAACACAGUGUAAUACAACAGCCCUGCCAUAGAUCCUUACUCCAUCCAGGUUCCAAUCAGUCCUUCCUGCUGUCGUGGGACACGGCAGAUGUUUUAAAUAUUUUGUUCCCCCCUUUUUAUAUAAAUGAGGGCAGACUGAUUGUUCAACACCUCUUCUAUAAUGCAGAAUGACCAUGAUGCUGAUUCUUCACCUCUGUUUCAAAAUAAAUGGAAUGUAGACUGAAAAAAGUGUAAAUAAAUAUGACCUGUGUCCU